AUGCCUGCUCUGCCCACCCCUUUACCACCUACACCAAUACAUUCACCGGCACUACAAAGUCAAGAUCUGAAGACGAUGACGACUGAACAACCAGUCGCUGGUCCAAGCCGCGGCUGGCGACCCUACCCUACACCUCCUCGUCACGAACUCCCACCUACACCUCCCGUCAACGAAGAUGAUGAAGAUUCGCACGAUCGAAGAGGCGCUUCCUCGAUCAAUUUUGACGAAACAAACAUGCCCACAAGAAGGAUACAGCCGACUAGACGCCCUGCAAGCGCAUAUCCUUCUCAAAUUGACGCUGCAAAGCCUCAUAUGCCAUAUAGAAAAUACACCGACCCUACUCCUCACCCCGGCAGAUACGAUCAGCCGGCUCACCAACUCGACGUUGAUCUUGAUGCGUAUUCAGCUACCGAAUUUGGUACAGAAGAGGGAAUGGACGAGAGAGAACCGACACUCAGUUUUGUCACCACCUCCACUGUAGAUUCUACCGCCAGUACACCUUCCAUGGGUAUUACUUACGGAUAUAGAACAGAUUCCAACGAUGGGGAUGGCAAAGUCAAGAUACGUCAAACUGCCGGACGAUCGCAUGCUUAUUCCUCAGCCGAGAGCUCAAUGGCUUCAGGCGCUUAUUCAGGAUAUGGUUAUUCUGAUCAAAUAUAUAACCCUCAUCCACCCCCUCUGCCUCAUUUACCCGGUAAUUACAACGAGCACGUCGGAUUGGGUAUUUCCGCCGACUUCACUCAACGCAAUCCACCGGUCGAAAGUCCUUCCAGCAACCCUCCACUCUCCCCCUCACAUUCGUUCACUCAUCGACCAUGGAAAAGAGAUGUGGUGAAUCGUCUGCGAAGCGGUUCAGCUUCUUCAUCAAUAUCGACUGCAUCUUGCUCGACGACGGAUUCCGGUCCUUCUUCAAGUAGGAUACCACCGCCUGACAAUGCCUUUGCGUACGCUUUUGAAGGGUUCAACUCCCCUUGGCAACAGCCGCCUAGAGCAGAAGCGAUAGCAAUGGUAGAUGAAGGAAGAGAAAACAUCUUGAACGUAGAGAAGAUCGAAGCUAUGGGAGGGUUUGACGCAUUGACUGUUGAUAUGAUUGGAUCGUUUGCUGGUGUUACACAUCUGCUUUUACCAUCUUGCGGAUCGCACAUCAUAUCGUUCUUACCGAGCUUGCUGGAAACCCUCGCACCUUCUCUGGUGGUUCUUGACAUUGCGGAUAACGAUCUCUCAUUUCUACCUGAAACUUUACAAAGCUGUACAUCUCUUGAAGAGCUCAAAGUUUCGAGAAAUCCUCUUCGACAGAUACCAGCUUGGACGGGAGACUUGAUCGCUUUGAGGGUACUAGCAGUAGAUGACUGUGGCCUGCAAUCUUUGCCUGCGGAACUGGCACAACUAGGAGGAUUACAUACUUUGUGCGCUCGUCGGAACAAACUUGUCUCUCUGCCCUCAUGGCUUUGCUUGUUUGGUCACUUGGAGAUGCUGCGAAUAGACAAUAAUCCCUUUGCAGCAGAAUGGCUCCCCAUCGUCGCUCCUAUCCUUGCUGGACCUUCCAGACCUUCUGGUCCCAGUAGGAAAAACUCCCAUCACCGUCAUCUUUCCAUUAACAACGGUAUCAGAUCACCUCCCUCCAUGGCUUCUUUGACCAGUUCUCUCACUGCGAGCUCCUUGCGGGAUAUUCCCGUAUCUGCCAGCUCUAAUGGUGAGCAACCCUGGGCCACGACUCCGAACUCUGCUGCUCAAUCGGUAUACCAGCUUGAUUCGAUCGCGGAAGACCAUCCUCACUCUGCGCCACCAAUUGAUCAAGGUUCGCAGUCGAAAGCCUUACGAAAAAUGAGAUCGGCUGGAGCUCUCCUGGGAUCGAAGAAUAAUAGUCCUACUCAAUCGACUUUCACUAAUCCACCUUUGCCCACUACCAACAACCUUGCUCCUGCCAAUGCAAGUAAAUUCGCAAGUCUUGGCUCAAGCGAAGGCCGUCGAGCAGCGAGUGCCAUGGGCAAUUAUCAGAAUGAGCAACCCGCCACCAACUCUCGACUUGCUGCACCAGGUAUGACUACCAGUUCAUCGACCAAGACCGGUAAAUGGGGAUUCCUAAGAAAGAUGUCAAUGCAUCGACUGAAGGGUGAUAAAGACAAAACAGCCACCAUGAAUGCCUCUGCCUCUGCCAACCUGAAAUCGCUACCUCCUCCACCUCCUAUGCCUCAACUACAACAUAACAAUACGGAUCCAAUUCCUACACUUCCAUCUCGCCCUACCAUCAACGGUACGAGAUCCGCCAUGACUCUUCCUACGAGAAGUGCUCUAGGUCCUGAAGCCAGCGAAUUCGGUCAGAUCUCCCUCGAAUCUCCACCUGUAUCGUCAGCGACUUUGCCAAAUACCGGUCUUCCAACUUCUACCUCGUUAUAUAGUAAUGCAAGCGGUGCAAUCCCAGCCAGAGGCAAAAGAAGAAGUUUCCUACCUAUCGAUCUUGGACCUCCUUCCAUCGAGAUAUCAAUCCCCUUAACAUCACCUUUCAUCCCUCCCUUGACAGGCUUCGAUAGUCUUGAUCGACUGCCCUCGGCCACUUCCGAGGCUACUAUCGCCACGAUGACAGCAUCCAACUCUCGAUUAGACACCUCAUCAGGCAUCAUUGAAGAUCGAUACGCUCAAGGUCUUGAAUCCAUCAAGUCAUACCUCAGAGAUCUUUUUGACCUUUCUCGACCGCCCAUCGAACCUUAUGGUGGGUUUGAGGUAGUCGCUAGUCACGAUGGGUCUUGCGGAGCUUCAUCUGCUCCUUCUGAUAAUCUUGGUUCUCCAAUGACCGGUCAAAGUACAUUCUCUACCGACGUCAGAAGAGCUAGACGACCUACUCUGGACAACCAGUCAUCUCGAGCUACUUCAGUGGUGGAGAGUGAGCAAGAUGGUGAACAGUCGUCCUUGUCCGGCAAGAAAUUCAAAAACGAUAAAUCGAAACGAGCCAAGAUCAUUCGAGAGAUAUACGAAACUGAGAGAACUUACGUUAGAGGUCUUGGAGAACUGGUUUCGAUCUAUGUUCGACCAUCUUGUCAGCCUAUCAACCCUAACAAGUCCAACGAAACUGUGGUCCCUGCAUCCGAGAGGAAGAUCGUCUUUGGUGGUGUUGAGAGUAUCUUGACUAUUCAUCGAGACAAUUUCCUACCUGCUUUGGAGAAAGCUGUGCGGCCAUUGCUAGAAGGACAAGAUGAUGAGGAAGGCUCAAUGUCAGCCUCGACCGCUCAUAGCGUCGGAGAAGUGUUCCGAACCUAUAUCGCAUACAUGAAACAGUAUUCCACCUAUAUCAACAAUUUCGACAAUGCUUUAUCAAGGAUGAAAACAUGGUCUGCGCCUAGUUCAACGCCCAACACACCCGCUUUCUCAGCCAAGGGAGGCGCAUCGCCUGGUAUAUCAGCUGCGGCUGUAUCGGUAGGAAUGAGUGCGAUCUCCUCGCUCUCCUCUGGACCCGACAGUGUACCCAUCUCCGGAUCCCAGAUGACUUCAAGUCAAAAGAAACGAGUCAAGACGUUCUUAAAGAGGUGCAAAGAGCACCCUAAACAUUCGCAGAUCAAUUUGGAAAGUUAUCUCUUGUUGCCCAUUCAGAGAGUUCCCAGGUAUAAGCUCUUGCUCGAAGACCUUGCGAUGUGUACCCCACCUCGAUCGGACGGUGUGAGAGACACCUUGGAUGACGCUCUCAAUGAGAUUGCAUCUUUGGCUUCAUUGAUGAACGAGGAGAAACGAGAAGCCGAUUCUCGAUUACGAUUGCUCAGCUGGCAACAGCGUAUAUCCAAAUCGGGACCUUCACCUCUCGUCCAACCUCAUCGAAAAUUAAUUCUGGAAGGACCAUUAUCCUUAAUUCGACUGGUGAAGAAAGCAUCGGCAUUUGUCGAGACUGAUUCUUCGACUUCGACUUCCGCGACGGAUGGUGAUCAUACCUUGACACUAGCUUCGAAAGUGGUAGUCCCAGUUGAAUAUAUCAAACCUGAAUUAGUAGAUAGACAAGUCAUGCUUGUCCUCUGCUCUGAUCUGAUGGUAUUGGCAACUCAACGGAAUGAAGGCUGGGAAGGGAUGGUGGAUCUUUUCAAUGUACUGAGAAUGGCUACUUUGAGGGAACCGGCCAGUAUCGUUCAUGGAAACGUACUAAGAGUGGUUGAUAAUAAGUCGAUAUACUAUUUCAAUGGAGCUUCGCAUGAGAAUACUCUUCAGUGGUGUAGAGCUAUCAACUCAGCUCGUAAGCGGUGA